AUUCAGUGUCAAGUAUUGAGUGUGAAAGAUGCAGGCACCAUAGUCAUUGAGGAACGGAAGGUUGAGUUCAAUUGAAUUGAAGAUAGUCGCGGUCCCAUUUACAAGUAAUACCGUGGGUGGGGGUGAAAGGUCUCGUCGACUUCAAUGGCGUUUUCUCUAUCUGGCAAUUUCUCCUUAUGCUGCAAUGCUCGACCAGCUCUGCCUUUACCUUUAUCUAUCUCAACAUCCUCCAAGACCCCGUCCCUCAAAACCCUAGCUUUUCAGCGCCAUCAGCCCUUAAUUUCACUCUCCAACUCCUCUUCUAUCCCUAUCAAGACCUACAGUCGUUCGAUUACAUGUCAUGUCAACGUAGAUAACUCCAGUUUCCAGAGUAGUGAUGAGGACAGCAGUGAUACAAGUGAAGUGGAGGAAUUAGAACAAAAGCCCAACCUGAUAUCAUCAACCGAUUUGACAACUGUUAUAAAUGUUUACAAGGAGGCUAUACUAGAAGGAGAUGAGAAGACUAUAGCUGAAGUUGAGGCCUUUAUUACAGCUCUGGAAAAAGAAAGAGAUGCACUGAGUCAGAAAUUUUCGGCUUUCUCAGGCGAGAUUUCUUCUGGAAAAGACAAAUAUAUCCGGUUGCAGGCUGAUUUUGAUAAUUUUAGAAAAAGGUCUGAAAAGGAGAGACUCACAACCAGGAGUAAUGCCCAAGGGGAAGUAAUUGAGAGUCUUCUUCCCUUAGUGGAUUCGUUUGAAAGAGCGAAACAUCAACUUAAGCCAGAAAGUGAGAAGGAGAAAAAGAUUGAUAAUAGUUAUCAAGGUAUAUACAAGCAAUUUGUGGAGAUCAUGAGGAGCAUAAGUGUUGCUGCCGUACCAACAGUAGGAAAGCCAUUUGAUCCCUCUGUACACGAAGCCAUUGCUCGCGAACAGUCCCUUGAAUUCAAGGAAGGCAUUGUGAUGGAAGAAGUUCGUCGUGGAUUUAUCCUUGGAGGUCGAUUACUACGACCUGCUAUGGUUAAAGUUUCUUCUGGACCCGGUAACAAGAAGAAAGUAUCAGAGACAUCUGAUGAGCGACCCACAACGACUGUUGGGAUUGAAGAACAAUAGUUUAUUAUACACCAAUCCUCAUAUUAUUCUUGAUAUAUGCUCAAUUUCUUUGGCCCAUUGCCUGAAAUCAAUAUGGUUGGUGCUCAAAGAGAAAUUUUGCAAGAGCCAGCCACUAAGUUAUGGGGGGUAAGGAAAACAUGAAAACUCCAUUUAUUGCUUACUAAUAAGAAUAAUGUGCUAUCUAUGACUGAUCUAUUUAGGGUUUCUGCUUCCAGUUAACUAAAUCAAUUUAAUCCAUUUAAUGUGAAAGUUUCAUUACA